AACUGUUACUUGAUGUUACCAUUUCUAAGAGUCUUUUUCAAAAGAAUCAGCUAUUAGUCUCCAAGCCUGCAUCGUCUUUCAGGGGUGGAGGUGAUAGUGCUCACUUCUUUUAUGGAUUUCAGGUGCCCAGUAGGGUAACAGUGACAGGAGGUCAUAAGUGACAAGUACAAGAAUCUUGCUUCUCCAGGGGAACAGAUUUAUGCUUAAUUCCUCUCCUGCAUUAAAAACAGAAAUUUCUAAGACAUUUUCCUUGAUUCCACUUGUACAGUACGUUCACUUAGUAGAGAGAAGCACCCUCCAGGUGCUUCUGCUGCUCUCUGCAUCCUCUUGCCAGGGCAGGAGUGUGAAAUAGGUGCUGAGCUGGCCACGGUGAAAAGCGGAGGGCAUCUACCCCUGUGCUUUUUUCCCUCUUGUUGCUUGCAUAACUGCAGCCAAACCAGCAAGAGUGCAGAGAGGCUUUCCUGGAGUUGCAGUUCAGCUACAAGCUGGUCCCGCACACACCCCUACCCCUCCAGGUUUAGCAGAGGACAGGGGCUGCUGGUCCAAAAGCGGCACAUGCCUUAACAACCUCUGGCCCUCCCUCCAGGAGGUGCUGGAAAACAAUCGCACAGCUCCACCCUGGGACCCCACACACAUUUUGGAAAAUGCAGCCUGCCUGCCCCUCUGGCUUGUCCCAUGCUCCUGGCUUCCUGGCCUGGCAUUUCCAAAGUGUAAGCUGUGCCAGGAGGGCUGGCUGGGCCCGGGAAUAUCCUUGGCACCCCAAGAAGUUGGGUCCUACAUGUGUGCUGCUGCCAGCUCACAGUGCCCACUAAAUACCUCCUCUCAGCAGGAUGCUGGAUGGGCACUUCGUGCUUCUAGCUGGGACUCUAAGUAGCCUUGCCUCGGGGAGCACGUGCUCUGAGGCACUGACCAGCCCAUCCCUCCAGGCUGGACGACUUGUUUAGCCAAGCAAACCUUGGCCAACUGCUCCACAAAUCACCUCCCAGCCCUUCUCUUGCCUCCCUGGGAGGAGACAAGAUGUGAAGGAAAGGGGGGGAAGCCCCUGUGUAAACCCCAAGUACAGCAGUGGGCAAACCGACCUCGGGGGGCUCCCAGCAGCCCUCUGCAGCUCACGGAGCCAAACGCGGCCCCGAUCCCUGCCCACUGAAGAUGCAGUAGUGUCCCUGAUCAAAAAACACAACCUAAUGCCUACUGCUUUAUCUUCUCCCUUUCCAGUAUUUCCAGUGAAUGAGCAGUCUAAUUAAAAUAAUUCCUUGAACACUAAAUGGAGCCUGGACCAUGUUACAAAUAGCAGCAGGUUCCAGAUGGGUUUAUAUUAAUCUAAUGCACUUGCUUUAUUAACAACAGGAGCGUGUUCAAAGGUUUUAUAGAAGUCUAAGGCUUUAUUAAUUCAACUUGAUUAAACUAGAUUUCAAUUUUACAUUUUCUGGUGAUUUCCUUUUACUAAUUAUUCACUUGCAGACCAUUUACAAAAUGCUUAUGUUAGAAAAUCUGCUCUAAUUAAAUAAAAGGAAAACAUUUCUGUUUAUUAGCAUCCUUCUAACUUUGUAUGUGGGAAUACUGUCAGCUCUGGAUCCCUUCUGACUCCAGGUUGUGUACUGUUUCAGGACAGAAUAUGUAUAUUCAUGCAAUAAUAAUAUUAUGCAAAACUGCUGAGGAGGGAUCUUAGAAGAGGAGGUCUCUACCACCUGAAAGCAGAAAGCAUCUUUUUCAUUUGUUUUAAACGCAGGGCCUACAACACACUGCAUGUCACAACACUAACGCAGUAUAGCAGCACGGUGGGUUUUUACCGAUAAGAGCUGGGGGAUUAGUGAGAGCCUUGUCUAUGCAUUUAGGUUAUUUUUGACUCAAAUAUUCAGCUGAAACAGCAGGAUCUUGAUCCUGCUCCACAGAGGGGCAGUUCUGCAGAGGGAAAGUUAGUCAAAGACCAGUGCUGGAGAGGAGACAGUCGUCCUCUCCUUUUCAGGGCAGCACCCUAUGUAAGGGAGGGCUGCACUUUGCCUGUCCCCCUUCACACCAAAGCCGGUUACAAGCCGCUGGGCAGAACCGGGGCUGGAAACCACCUCGGUGGGCCCAGCACAGCAAACCGGGCCCGGGCUGGGGCACGCCGCGGGGGUCUCCCCUCACAGCGCCCGGCUUGGAGGAGAUGUCAGGCACCGAGCUACGGAGCCCGGUCACCGUUCGUGUCCCCGUACCGCCACUUUGGCACAAAGCCGCGAGUUUUGUGCCUGCGGAGGACACCGAUCCCCUCCAGCCUCGCCUCGCCGCGGCGGGAAGCGGGCGGUACCUCGGGCUCCUCAGGGUCCGGCCUGUGGCGCCGCUCAGCUGCCGGCCGCUCCGCGGGACCUCGCUGCCAGUUCUCUCCCCCUCAGGGCGCACGAAGACGGCCGAGACGAGUUUCCGACAGGGCUGGGAGCCGUGACCGGCCGGGGACCACCACGGGCGGCGUGUGGGGACGGGAAGCUCCAGGCUCCCCUCUCCCCGUUCCCUGCGGGCCGCCCGCCGGGAACUCCCCCGGGCUCGCCCGGACCCCGCGAGAGGGCGCUGGCGGCGCCGCUUCCCGGGAAGGCUGAAGUUUGAAAAAAAAAAAAAAAAAAAAAAGAAAGAAAAGUGCCCGUUGCUGGUGGUGCCUCACGGAGCAAUGGCGGCGGGGACCCCGCAGGGCAGCUGUCUCUUGCAGCUAGGCAAUGGUGUAAACUUAAUGGAUCCAAGCUUCCAGCAAAAACUGGAGGGUGAGAAGGAACUACUUCGCCGUGCUAUACAAAAAGAACUGAAGAUUAAAGAGGGAGCAGAGAACCUGCGUAAAGCGACAACAGACAGAAAGAAUCUCGUUCAUAUAGAGCAUGUGCUGAAAUCUUCUAACCGGAAAUUAGAGCAACUUCAUUGGGAACUUCAGGAGCUUAAUGCAAGGAUUGUCAUAACAGACAAAGAGGAGAAUAGGACAGGUACAGAUGGAUCUUUAUCUCCAGACCCUUGUCUCUGGGAAAGAAACCCAAACCCCAUGGCAACGAAGGUUGAAGCUCUGAAAAAGCAACUGCAUGUUGAAAUGAAAGUCAAGCAAGGAGCUGAGAAUAUGAUCCAAAUGUAUUCAAGUGCAACAUCCAAGGAGCGUAAACUGCUGGCUACAGCUCAGCAGAUGCUUCAAGACAGUAAGACAAAGAUUGAAAUAAUCCGCAUGCAAAUUGUGAAGGUAUCUCAGUCCGCAGGAGGGAUGGAAGAUGCAGUGGAUCCAGCAGUGAGGCUGGGGACCACCAUCAGUGCUGUGGAGCUGCGCAUUGAGGAGCUGAGACAUCAUCUGCGCAUUGAAGCUGCUGUAGCCGAGGGGGCAAAAAAUGUGCUGAAGAUCCUAGGAGGGAGUCGGGUACAGGAUCGCAAGUUUUUAGCUGAGGCUCAGGGUCGUUUGCAAGAAUCCUCUCAGAAGAUUGAUCUGCUGCGCUUGUCCUUGGAACAUCAGCUUAGUGAACUUUCUCCUGAUCACCCAAAACGAGCACUCAUCAAGCAGGAACUAGUAAAUACUUCUUCCCUGGGAGCUCAGCAUGGCAUUAUCCAACCUACUUCGGUCAUCAAACCUACAGCCCUUACAGGAACACUGGAAGUGAGACUGAUGGGGUGUCAAGAUCUAUUGGAAAAUGUUCCAGGACGUUCCCGAAUGGCUGGUUCUUCUCCUGUCUCUGGCAGUCCAAGUGAUCUGAAGUCCCUUUCCCGAACAAGAGUUGGCCUUGGUAUCCCUGGCCGUAGUGUUGCAGGAAAGUACCUGCGGAAUGAAGACCUCUGUAAUGAGGUCCUUGCUGUGCUCAAAGUGGACAAUAAAGUGGUUGGCCAAACAAACUGGGGACCAGUUAAUAACCAGGCGUGGGACCAGAGCUUUGUCAUCGAGUUGGAUCGGUCUCGUGAGCUAGAAAUUGCAAUCUAUUGGAGAGACUGGAGAGAACUAUGUGCAGUGAAGUUUUUACGUUUGGAUGAUUUCCUUGAUAACGAACGCCAUGGGAUGUGCCUCUUGCUUGAACCCCAAGGAAUGCUUUUUGCAGAGGUGAUGUUCUGUAAUCCUGUCAUUGAGAGAAAGCCAAAACUGCAGCGACAGAAACGUAUUUUCCCCAAACAGAAAGGGAAAGAAUUUCUCCGAGCUCCUCAAAUGAACAUGAAUGUUGCUGCGUGGGGUCGCCUGAUGAUGAGCUUCCUCCCUCCAUGUAGUUCAAUGAGCACUCUGAGUCCCCCACUUCAUGAUUCCAUUCAUACAGACUUCUCUCCAGUUCCCACACAAAAUCAUGCUGACUCAACCAAGCUGAGUAGUGACUUUCCUGUGGCUAAGCUUACCUAUGAUGAUGAAGCACCACCCAAGCCUCCACGCCUUUUUCUGAUGGCAAACUCCAAAGAAUCAACACCAUCUCCUGCAGAUUCUCCGUGUCUGAAAAGGCUGCAUGUUGAGAAGUCUUGCAGCUCUGCUUUAACAGAAUUUCCAAUCCAGGCAUCUCCAAGAAAAAGGGCAGUUCAGCUUGAGGAUUUUCGCUGCAUCGCCAUGCUGGGACGUGGACACUUUGGGAAGGUACUCUUGGCCCAAUACAAGGCAACCGGGAAGCUGUAUGCUAUCAAAGCCUUGAAGAAAAAAGACAUUAUUAGGAGAGAUGAAAUUGAUAGCUUGAACUGUGAGAAGAGAAUAUUUGAGGUGGUCAAUUCAUCUGAUCAUCCAUUCCUUGUGAACAUGUUUGCAUGUUUCCAGACACCUCAUCAUGCUUGUUUCGUAAUGGAAUAUACUCCAGGUGGUGAUCUUAUGAUGCGCAUACAUGAAGAUGUCUUUCCAGAGCAUAUGGCACGGUUUUAUACAGCAUGUGUAGUCUUGGGGCUCCAAUUCUUGCAUGAGAAGAAAAUUGUUUAUAGGGACCUGAAAUUGGAUAAUCUGCUUUUAGAUGCUGAAGGAUUUGUGAAGAUUGCAGAUUUUGGAUUGUGUAAGGAAGGAAUAGGUUUUGGAGACCGCACAAACACCUUCUGUGGUACUCCUGAAUUUCUGGCUCCAGAAGUCCUGACAGACAUCUCAUACACUCGGGCAGUAGACUGGUGGGGAUUGGGUGUUCUCAUUUAUGAAAUGCUCGUUGGUGAGUCACCAUUUCCUGGAGAUGAUGAGGAAGAAGUCUUUGAUAGUAUUGUCAAUGACGAAGUCCGCUAUCCACGAUUCCUUUCAUCUGAAGCACUUUCUAUAAUCCGUAAGCUUCUUCGGAAAUGUCCAGAACGUAGACUGGGAGCAGGGGAAAGAGAUGCAGAAGAGAUUAAAAUUCAGGCCUUUUUUAAGGAAAUUGAUUGGGAUGCUUUGUAUGCCAGGACUCUGAAGCCCCCUUUUGUGCCCACUUUAAGAGAUCCAACUGACAUUAGCAACUUUGAUGAAGAGUUCACAUCGCAAAAGCCAAUUGUGACUCCUCCGGAGGAGGUUGCUUUCCUAACCAAUAAGGAGCAGGCUGUCUUCAAGGACUUUGACUUUGUCUCCCAACACCUUUUAGAUGUUUGAUUCUCAUGCUGUAAGAAACUUGAACAAGUUGUUACCAUCUCAAGAGGGUGUAGAGAGGACUUGGCAUAGGCAACAGAAAAGGGAACAGACUUCAUAGCACUGGUAGUACUGAAGUGCCUUGCAAGCUGAGUUACUCUGCUGUAUUUUUUUCAGCCUUGUUUUCUGGAGGGAUACUGGAUGUGAAUUACCUUUAAGGAGUAGUUCAUUUUUGACUGGAUGUGUCUUCCGCUGGCAUUGAUUAUGUAUGGAAAUGUGAAAUUUAAGCUGGACUUAAUUUAAUGAAAUCAAGUCACUUCUGCAUCCCAGGUUACUCUUUAGAAAGAGCCUCAGUAAGUAGCACAGCUUUUUAAAGUUGCAUAAUACCAGGCAGACAUGGCCACUUCUCACCUGUUUUCUAGAAUAGAUAUGCAGCGUUCCUUCUUUGUAAUGAUUUUUAUGCCCAUUCCUACUCAUAAGUAUGUAUGUCAGAGAAGGAAUGGAUUUUAACACAACCAAGAUAAUGAUGUGUGAGUUUGGUAAUGAUCCAAGCGAUACAUCUUAAGGUAAAAGAACCUCUUUAUACUUCUUUCAGGAUGUGAAAUCUUAGCUAUUGCUUUUAAUAAUAUAAAGAAGCUACAGCUUUGCACGUGCUAUUUUUUUGAAAAUAAAGAUACUUUUCCUUAUAA